AUGCAGGGCAAGAUUGAAGAUCAUCAAUUUAUCAUGACUCCAAGGCCGAACCAGUCCGUCACUCACUAUAUGUCACCGAUAGAUCAAGCUGUUAUAAAUUCUUCGCGUCCUGUAGCCCUGUCAGAGUUGUCUCAGUCGCGAAACUCAACGCGUAGGGCAAGUGACCAGCAUGGAAAUAGUUUUGGAGCUCCGUCACAAUCACCGGUCGUGUCUGACGCAGAGCGGAAAAAACGGGAUAAACAUCGCCGACAUCCGCAGAUGACUUACAAAGACGCCCGCGCUAGGGACCAACAGCCGCCGCCGAAUAGUCUAUUUGAGCAAUUCAAGGGGCCAUCAGGCGAACCGAAUGACCCGAUUCAGCUUGAUUGAUCACCUCUGUCUAACUUCAUAUUACACACCGAUUUUUUUCGACAUCUUUCUUUUUCUCAUUGUUGUUUUCAAAUCGCUAUCUAAAACUCCAAUUUAUUAAGCCUUGGACUUUGUUUUAACGUAGUUAAGAUCUCAUAUUUCAAGAGAGUGAAAAGACUCAACAUAAAUGGAACAAUAUUAAUAUGAAAUGUGUCUUGGUGUUAAACAUUCGACAAGUCGAGGAGUCAGCAGUUUGAAUUGAUUAUUUCAAUCAUUUCGAUGAACAAAAGUUGUAUUGAUAGUGAAUAAAUUUGUUCCAAAUUGAAUGGUUUGCAAGAAUAUUACUCAAACAUAACUUAACACAAGUCAAAUUACUGUCUUGGUUUACCUGAGUUGAGGGAUCAGAGACUUGUAUAUCAAAAGACAAGUCACAAACUACCAUCCUGAUGCACUUGAACAGUUUUCAAUCACUUAGGGCGUGUUCACUGAAGGAAUUUCUGACCGGAAAUCACAUUCUGUAAAUUUUUUAAUGCAAAAGUGAAACAUGCACCACCAAAUAAACACUCUGAAUUUAAUGUGAUUUCUCACCAGAAAUCUCAUUAGUGAACGUGCCCUUAUUACAACAUCCAAAAGGACCAAAACAUGCCACAUUCACCACAUGACCUCUGACAAGUUUACAAAAAAAUCCCCUGGCACUGAAGGGCAACUGUUAAGCAUGUUUUCAAACUCUCUUCUAGUUGUAUGUACAAAUGAGAAAGAGACUUUUGAAUACUUUGUGGGGUUUUUUCCUUGUAAAAUUCUGUCUAAAGAUUUUUAAAAUUUUAUUUCAAGUAGUGUAAUUUGAUUUACAAAUAAGUAGUAAAAUUAUAGGACAGCACUAUUUGGUGCCGGGUUGAAUAUUACC